AUGAUCAAAAAAAAUAAAUUACUAGUUUUAAUAAUUUUAAAUUUUUUAAUAAAUUCUAUUUAUUCUGAUAGACCAUUAAUCAAUUAUAUUGAACCAUUAACUAGAAAUGAUAAUAAAUUAUCAGUGUUUGGUAGAUUUUUUGGAGAGAAAUUACAAGAUGUUAAAGUUGAAAUCGAUGGUAAACCAUAUAAAAUAAGUGAAUGGAGUAAUUCAAGUUUUGAAGUAACUUUACAACCACCAAAUCCAAAGCAAUCAAAAAUUAAAGUUACAACACCAAUUAAUUCUGUUGAGAAGGAGAUUUACUUUUUAAAUGAAAAUUGUUUAGGAAUUGAUGUUUGUAAUGGGCAUGGAAUAUGCAUUAAAAAUAGUACAGAAUGUGUAUGUAAUGAACCAUGGUCUGGUAAAGAUUGCUCCAUAAUCACUGGCGAAUCUAUGAUAGAGUUAGUUGAUAAACCUAAAGUUUACACAUCAACAAAAUUAAAUAUUUUUAAAAUUCCUGAAAUUGAAAAUAUUAAUUUUAACACUAGUUUUGGAUUAGUAUUAAAAGAGUAUACUAAGAAUGAUAUAAUUCUUAACACUUAUUUAUUAACGCCCUCUAUUCAAUAUGGGAGUAUAAAAGGACCAGAUUUACAAGUUUACAGAUACAGAACCAAUACAUUAAUAUCUUCGUCAGAUCAUUCAUUCAAUUGUGACAUCACUCUAACUCAUUAUCAAUCUAAUCAAACUAAAAGUUUCUAUAAUCAAUAUAUUAAUGAAUUAAAAGAUUCAUUUGCAUUGAGUGUAAUAAUUAAUAAUUUCAUACCAAUUUCACCAACUAAUAAAUUAACAUUAUUCAUUUAUCCAAUGAUAAAAUCAAAGAAAUCAUUUGGUGGUAAAUUAAGUACAAUUGUCAAUGAUAAUAAUAAUAAUAAUAAAAUUGAUGAAAAUGAUGAUGGUCAAUACAUUAAUGGUACAACAAGUAUUAAAAUGUCAAUUGGUACUCAAAAAUUAAGAAUUAAUCUUUAUAAUUUUGGUUUAUUUUCUCAAAAAUUUACAACUUUUAAUACUUCAAUUGUUGAAAUUUUUAAUAAUACAAAUAAUAUAAAUAAUACUAAUAAUAGUGAUAGUAGUGAUAAUAGAGUUAUUGAUAAUGAUAUUUAUUCUAUAAUUUCAAUAACUUCAAAUUCAUCAAAAUAUAUUUAUUUUAAUGCAGAUUUUUAUCCAUAUUUGGAUGAUUCUGAAAAUGUAGAUAGUUCUGAUAAAUUAACUUUAUUUAGUGACGAAGAGAGUGGUAGUAGUGAUAGUAUUAGUAGUAGUAGUGGUAGUGGUAGCAGUAGCAGUAGUAGCAGUGAUAAUAAUACAAGGAAUAUUAUUGAUGAUAGUAAACAUAAUUUAACACCAACUCAAAAUAUUACUACCGAAGUUAAUCAUGAAAAUCAUCAAAAUGAAAGUAAUAGUAGUAGUAGUAUUGGAAAUAAAUUACCAAUUUCGAUAAUAACUUAUUUUGGCCCUGUUUUUAUUUUUUGGAAGUUAAUUUGA